GCGGGUAUUAUAAAGAUUAGCUUUAGCCUAGGCAAGGAAAUCGUCGCCCUAGGUAUAAUAAAAAUAGAGACACACUUCGGAACGAUAACUUUUUAUAUCCUACCCGUUAAUACCCCAUUUCUCCUAUAUCUAAAAGAUAUAGAUCGACUAGGUAUUAUAUUUAAUAAUACGAGGAACAAAAUCUCUAGCUAUAAGUACUUCGAAAUAGUUAAACGACGAUAG